AUGCCCUACCAGUACGACGUAGGCAACCAGCACCUUCAUCUCCACUACGACCAGCCCGCAGCGACAUGGCCCAACGCUUUGCCAGUCGGCAACGGCCGGCUGGGGGCCAUGGUGUACGGCCGUCCAGACGCUGAGCUCGUCCAGUUCAACGAGGACUCUGUCUGGUACGGCGGGGCCCAGAAACGCACACCUAAUGCAGCCCGUCACCUCCCCGAACUGCGACGACUCAUCCGCGCUGGGCAGCAUGCAGAGGCCGAGCAACUGGCUCGCAGGCACUUCUUCUCCAGCCCACUCACGAGUCGCGUGUAUGAGCCACUGGGCCAGAUGAAGCUCGAAUUUGGGCACAAGAAUGUGACAGCAUACAAGCGCUGGCUCGACCUGUCCACAGCGACCCACACGACCGUGUACCAGUUUACCAACGCGGCCGGGUCGACCGUCUCGGUGCGCCGCGACGUCAUUGCUAGCUAUCCCGACCAAACCAUCCUUAUGCGGGUGACGGCCAGCGAGAAGAUCGAGUUCACCGUUCGACUGAACCGCAAGAGCGAGAUCGAAUACGCGACCGAACAGUGCUUUGACAGCCUGCAGUCUGAUGGUCAGCAUGUCGUGCUCCAUGCCACCCCAGGAGGCAAGAACAGCAGCCCGCUGUGUUUGGUCCUCGGCGCGUCGGUGGACGUCGGCGGUUCGGUUGAGCCCAUCAGCAGCGGGCUUGUCAUCUCUGCCACGGAAUGCACUCUGGCGAUCGGCGCGCAGACGACCUUCCGUUGCACAGAUCCCGAGUCCGCCGCCAUCGCCGACGUCGACGCUGCGCUCAAGCAGCCUUGGAAUGAUCUCCUCAAACGUCACGUUGCCUCGUACACCUCCCUUUUCGACCGCGUUGCUCUUCGCCUCUUGCCCGAUGCCUCCCACGUCCCCACCGAUGAGCGUCUCAAGGGCACCGGCGACGCCGGUCUUGCUGCCCUGUACCACAACUACGGCCGAUAUCUCCUCAUCUCGUCGUCUCGUUCAGGCCACAGGGCCCUGCCAGCCAACCUGCAAGGAAUCUGGAACCCGACCUUCAGCCCUUCGUGGGGAUCCAAGUUUACGCUCAACAUCAAUGUCGAGAUGAACUACUGGCCGGCGUCUCUGAGCAACCUAGCUGAAUGCGCAUCACCCAUCGUCGACCUCGUCGAGCGCAUGGCCGAGCGCGGCAAGCACACCGCCCAGACGAUGUAUGGCUGCCGGGGCUGGUGUGCCCACAGCUACACCGACAUCUGGGCCGACUGUGACCCGCACGACGACUGGAUGCCUGCCACGCUCUGGCCCCUGGGCGGCAUGUGGAUCACCUCGGACGCGGUUGAGAACCUCAAGUAUCACUACGACCGUGCGGUGCACGAGCGCCUCGCACCCGUUCUCCAGGGCGCGGUCCAGUUCCUCCUGGACUUUCUUGUUCCCUCGGCAGAUGGCGCGCACCUCGUCACCAGCCCGUCCCUUUCGCCUGAGAACACCUACCUUGACGCUAACGGCGCCGAAGGUAUCUUCUGUGAGGGGUCCGCCAUGGACAUGACCCUCAUCCGCCGUGCAUUCGAGCUGUACCUCUGGACGACCAAUACGCUAAGCUUGGCCAACGACGAGACUCUGGUUUCUCAAGUCCACGCCGCGCUGGCCCGCCUUCCACCGCUCCACGUCUCCCCUGCCACCGGCCUUAUCCAGGAAUGGGGUGUCAACGACUACGGCGAGGCCGAGCCUGGCCACCGACACGUGAGCCACCUUGUCGGUCUAUACCCCGGACGCGACAUUACUUCCUCCACGCCCGACUUGCAAGACGCCGCACGCAAGGUCUUGGCACGCCGAGCCGCUAGUGGAGGCGGACACACGGGAUGGAGCCGUGCGUGGCUCAUCAACCUGUACGCCCGGCUGGGUGACGCGGACGAGGCGGCCAACCACAUCGCCCAGCUGCUGGCCAAGAGCACCAUGCCCAACAUGCUCGACGACCAUCCACCGUUCCAAAUUGACGGCAACUUUGGCGGCUGUGCCGGCGUCCUCGAGUGUCUUGUCCAGUCGCAUCUGGAGGGCGAGAAGGAGGACCGCGUCGUCAUCCAGUUACUGCCUGCGACGCCCAGUGGGUGGGAGCAAGGCGAGGUGCAUGGUGUCUGCGUGAUGGGUGGGUGGUCAGUGUCGUUCAAGUGGAAGGACGGAAAGGUGGAAGGUGAGGUGACCGUGCGGUGCGCCGACACGGCUCUCGCAAACACCGCUUCUGUCGUCUUCCCUAGUGGUGAGGGCGUUACUCUCAGUGGUGUUGGGGAGCAUGUCGUAGCCAGGCCAGUUACAUAG